CAUCCAAUGGCACAAUCGCAGCGACUUUACUCACUGACUGGAUUCUGUCCGCAGCCAGAGCUCAUGGACUGAGUGGUUUCCUCGCUGCGAUACACACUUGGCAGCCAAGAGUCACUGGGAGAGUUCCUCUUAUCACAACAAAACCAAAAAAGAAGCGCAAAAAGACGCAGCGAUGACAGCCGAGGUGAUUUCACCUCGAAAUCACUGAGAGAACCGCAUCCUCCUGCGUUGCAUCCAAUCGUUCAUCCCUCCGGGAAGAUGCAAAGGAGUUACAGGAUGAAUUCCGCGUUCAUAACGGUGUUACUUGGAGUGGUUGGGGCUCUGGCCAAUAAAGACAACUGUUUGUCGGGGCAGUAUACAACCAGUGGAGAAUGCUGCAAGCAGUGUCAGCCUGGAGAGGGUGUCCUCAAACAAUGUGGAGUCACACAGACUGUCUGCAUCCCAUGUCUUGACAGUGAAACGUUCUCAGAAAACCUCAGUCACCAAGAGAAAUGUCAGCCCUGCACACAAUGCACAGGUCUACUCCGCAUGGAAACCCCCUGCACAGACUCCAACGAUGCCAUCUGUGUGUGCAACUAUGGCUACUACCUGAAUAAACUCUCUCAACGGUGUGAACCCUGCACCAAAUGUCCUGAAGGCCAGGGCAUGCUGCUCAGCUGUGGGCUCGACCAUGACACUGUGUGUGAGGAGUGCACCGCGGACACCUACUCAGACCAGGAAAGUUCUCGAGAGCCCUGCAUCCCCUGCACCACCUGUGAUGACUGGGAGGUGUUACAGGCCUGCACAUCUGUCAGUGAUACAGUUUGUCAAGUUCACUACCCUUCAGUGUCUCCCACACCCUUCAUUGGCGUCUCCAUGCCCACCUAUGGUGACUUUCUACCAGGAGGCCCUCCAUCAGAGGGUCCUACAGACAGCACCACCACCACCACUAAUGGUGAUUCCCAGGAGCGGCUCUACCAGGGUCUGAAUGACAAGCUCAUCCCAAUCUACUGCUCCAUCCUGGCAGCUGUCGUGGUCGGCCUCGUGGCCUUCAUUAUCUUCAAAAGGUGGAACAGCUGUAAGCAGAACAAGCAAGGAGCCAACAACUGCACAACCAACCAGAACCAGACGCCGUCACCUGAGGGGGAGAAGCUGCACAGCGACAGUGGCAUUUCUGUGGACAGCCAAAGUCUGCAGGAGCAGCAGGGCCAGACUCAGGCACAGACAGUUGUGACCGUGGAUGAAGAGCCUUGUUUGCUCCUUCCUCUUCACACCAGAGAGAAAGUGGAGAGGCUGCUGUUCAGCGGAAGUGAAGGAGACGACUGCAACCACAUGGACGACAGCGACUGGUGCAACCUGGCGGGCCUCCUGGGAUACGAGGAGGAGCGGAUCGCCAUCUUCCGGCAGGAAGAGCACCCCGUCCGCGCACUCCUGUCUGACUGGGCGAGCAAGGACUGCGCCAGCAUUGACACGCUGUGCACGGCCCUGCGCAAGAUCAACCGUGACGACAUCGCCCAGAGUCUGGUGCUCAGCCCAAGUGCUGCAAAGCCGACUGCCACUUCUGUGGUGUAAUUUACGCUUAACAGCGAGCAAACCACGUGAAGCUUAACCUAAAUAUUCUUCAAUGGCCUCCCUCAGCUCACGUAAGAACCGCUUUAAGCUAUUCCCAUAUGAAGCCAGCAGUCACAGUGAAGAAGAAGCAAAAACUUUUUUUUUUUGAUUUCCACACAAUGUAAAACCAAUGUGGAAAGAAAUGGUCUAUAAUCAUUCCAUUGUGAGCCUGGAAUAGCCACCUGCCUUUCCAAACUAUUUGAUAAUCAGCUGACGGUUUCAUCGGACUACAUUAACCAUGGAGCAGCAGUGGUCUGUGAACUGAAGUCAAAGUGUAUACCUGGCUCUUGAUCCUCUGCAUCCUUAUUCUUCAUUCUUAAACAAGAAUAGUAAGUGUGGCGCUUACUUGUAGCAUUUAUAUGCCAGUGCUGUACAUCUAAAUGUUACUUUUCAAAUCUAUGCUACCAAAGAGGAGUGAACGUCUCCAGACCAGACCUGACAAGCAACAUUUUUUACAUGCCAUGUUAGACUUUUUGAAUUUAAGUUGACAAAUGGCUUGUGUCUGUUACUGCUACCAGAUGAGGCCUGCAUACCAUAGAUGUCUGGAUCUUUGCAAAUAUGACAAUCUGAGGAAAGAUGCUUGGACGCAUUUCAAAUGAACCUAUUCUCCUUCAGCAAAAACAAAAGCCAAGUCCAGCUGUUUACCCUCAUUUUAAAUGCCUGUGUUAAAUAUAAGAUAUGGCGCUGCAGCACAUGUGGAAUUAAUCUCAAUUUUAGCUUGUCUUACCUGAUUUCUGCAGAUUCUUUUUAUCCCCAUCAAGUUCCAUAAGAGCUGCUGGCUGGACUUGGCCAGCCAGAUGGUCUGUGGGGCAGGUCAUUGACCGAGGCAACAUGAGACUGCAGUCUAUGUGCUCAGCCCUAUCUGCGUAACACAGGCGCUCCUACACAGACUCUGUCAUACUGACCCAGAAAAAGAGAAGGACGUGGGACUCAAAACUUAAGUCACCCAGCAUCAACCAUUGUAUGCUGUAUGUACAUAAGAAGUGCACACACCAAAUAGAGACAUACACAUACAGUACAUACAUACAGUACACACAUAUGUAGGCAUGCAUGCAUGCACUAUACAAACAUCACACGCAGAUCAUGUAUGUAUUUACAUUCUUGUUUAAUCUUGAAGACACAGUAAACUUCAGAUCCUGCCAUAUACUGUAAUGAGCACUCUCAUGCGGGGACCAUAUACUGUUUAAUCUCACUAUUAGUAGAAACUAUAAGGUCACUCUGUAUCUAAAACAUAUGUCUGAAAAUCCUAUAAUUUGCAAUGUGUGCUAUAGAUGGUGAAAUGCUACAUUAACAGUAAAGAGCAUGCAGCAACUAGCAACUCAUUGUCAGCUAGUGCCCAACAAGACAAAACAAAUGCACAUACAGUACAAAAUAACCAGGAUGCAAAGCAAAAAUACAGGUUUUUUGUAUCAUUUUUGCUUCAUUUCUCAGGGUAUCUUGAAUUAUUGUGUCACAUCAAUAUUACACUAAAUAUAUGUAACCCGCUAUAAUGAAGUGAACACUGUAAUUGUUCAUGGUGAGUCACUGUGUUUAUCCAAAGCCGUGAUUCUUGCAACUGACAAUCCGUCAAACAGAUGAAUAAGAGAGGGAAACAGGCCAGAGAAAAAAGAAAAAAAGGGGUGCCUUUUUUCCUCAUUGUUUGCAACAAUGACUUCUGGGUAAAAGGCAAGUCAGCAGCGACAUAAGGCAAAGGAUGUGGGAUGAAUUCAGGCCAAGGGAAAGCAGAAAGGUUUUGGAUUUCUUAAAUGUAAAGAUGAAACCCAGGGAUCGGAGUUUGCAUUAAUCAGCUUGUUUAUGUACCCUAUAAGCACGCAUUCCUCUUUGCAGUAUGUGCUUUUUACUUUGUAUUGUGUUCCACCGAUUAGGUUUGAAUUUAUCAAAGCAUACUUCAACAUUGUACGUAAUCAUGACAUGAUUACUGUGCUGCCGACUAGGGUCCCCUAGGAACUACUUUUCCCCCUUUUUUCCCACUGUCUGUUUUGGGUAAAAAGUGAGGGAGCAAAUAGUUUACUGUGCUAAACUUACCUAUAGCAACAACUUCAUCUGUAACUCUUGGGCACAGAUUGUACAUUUUUACUAACCACUAGCAUACUGAGCUUCAUGCUAUAGUGUUACUUUAAAUGAAGGUAUUCUCACUCUACUCUCUAAGGGUUGUAUUUUAAUUUCCAAAUAAUACUUGUAAAUGGUAUUAUGUUCCUCUUAUUGUCCUAGAUCGUAGCACUUAAAUGUGUAAUUGUUUUUCAUCACAAGUGCCUGGGAAUUAUUUCAGGUAUCCGCUGAUGUUUUACAUUUUUGUUCCUAGCUGUUUUUGUAAAUAUAUCUUCUUUAGUUGUUGUUGUUUUUUUUUUAACAUGUAAAAAUUUGUAAUUCUCUAGUUUAUCUUUUAGUUAAAGCCCGGAGGGCGCCACUGUACAAUAAGUGAAUGGGACUUUGUUACAAUAUCAGUGUUGUCCUAAUUUAAAAGAAAGGGCAAGGGAAGGAAAGUACCAUUGUGAAUUAUUUGGUUCAAUCAACAGAUUAUUUACCAUCAGGUGUAUUACGGGGAAAAGGGAAGACAAAUUUAAAAUACCUUUAAGACUAAUAAGGAUUGGAAAGGCCCUAAUCUUCCAUUCAGUAAAACACCACUUGAGUAGGCAAGAGCUACAAUAUAUAUCACUCUCAUACAUGUCUGUAUGAUAAAUGAAGCUACGGCCAGCAGCCACUUAGCUUUGCUUAGCAUAAAGACUGGAAAAAGGAGGAAACAGCUAGCCUCUGUCCAAAAUGUAACAGCAUCUUCCUACGAACACAUCUAAAUUUCACUAUUCAACACGUUAUAUCUCGUUCGUUUAAUCCAUUAAAAAAAUAAAAAAUAAAAAUGUGUAAAAAAUAUAAGUGUUGGGGGGUUAUGAAGCAGAUUACUUCUGCUAUUACCUUUAGUUAGAGCUAGGCUAGCUGUUUCCUUACGUUGUUAGUGUUUAUGUUAAGCUAAGAUAACUGACUACUAACUAUAGCUGCAUAUUUAUCAGGCAGAUAUGAGAGUGAUAUCAAUGUUCUUAUCUAAUUCUCGACAAAAAAGCAAUAUUUCCCAAAAUGCCGAACUAUAUUAUUAACUGAAAGCACCCCAUAUGAGCAGAAAUUUGUAAAUCUGAAAGUGUUGCAACAGGUAGUGCUCAUUAAUAGAUAGAUAUAGACAAACAGAGGCUUUGACUCAAGGAGCACGUUGCAUGUUGAGUAACAACUUAAAAGAGACAUAGAAGCUCCCAGUUGUCCUAAAUGUCUGAAAAAAUUGCACCAGAAAGAUUUUAAGUUGCUGAUCUGUGAGGUAAAGCUCUUUGGGUUGGACCUGAUCAACUAUUGUGACCACAACAGACUGAAUAAUCAAAACGUUACACGAAACUGUCUUAGUAUGACUUUGCUCUAGUAAAUUACCAAGAUGUUUUGUUAAUUAUUGGCUUCUGCAAGAAGCAGGAGGGAAACAUGAUACACUGUUGGGUCUGUCUCCACUUUUGUUUUAUGACGCCUAAGAAAAUCAUUUUGGUUCAAUGGUUGUGUUCAAUAUUAUCCAUCACCACAGAACAACCUUUCCUGAAGCCGAUUGUCCAAUCUAUUGUAGCUUGGUAAACACUAAACUAAGUCUUCAGAGUUUGACCUCUUGUCAGAAACUGGGACUGAAGAUGGAGGCUUUUCCUGUGACAGGAAAAGUUUGAUAGAUUAGAGAUUUAAUUUAAUAACAAUGACCAGAAAUUGAAUUGCUCGUACAGUAAACCCAACUGAAGGUGAACAUGUCACGAUAUUGCACAUGAGAGUAACAAAGUAAUCAUGCAGAUGGUGGUGGGAUGUUGGAGAGGGGGAACUAAAACUCUUUGGAGGAUAAGGUUUUAAAGAAGCCCUGGUAAUGAAGCUUAUAGUGACAAGACUGACAGUGUACCAGGACUGAAUUGUACAGAUGUGAGAAAUACUGAAUGUUCCUUGUGUACUGAUACAUAUACUGUACUACACUUAAUGUGAAUUUGCAAAAUUCCUACAGCAGACAAACAGU